CUGUUUUACGUGCCAUGAUAACAUGUUAUUGACACCUAAUUAGCUGCAGAAUAUUGGCUAUGCAAGCACUUUGAUUCGGGUAUUUAAGUGGAAUGUUAAAGUAGCUGGAUUCACAGUCUAUUGUAAGAUAUUCAAGAUGAAGGCAGCUAUUGUUUUGGCACUGAUCAGCACCGUUUUGGCUGCUCCGCCACUGAGGUUGAUGCCAAAGCCUGUUCCUGAACAGGACCCGUACGCUCAUAUAUUCGCGCAGGUGCGUCCAGCGGUUCAAAAGCCUCUGCAGAUGGAGUUUCAGUCACAACAUCACUAUGGUGUGUCGAACAACCAGGUUGAAAUGGGAGUGGAAUCCGCGGAGCAGAUGCAUCUGGAGGUCGAGAACCAGCAGCACCACCCAAACUUGUAUCCCAAUCAUCAGGUGGAGCAGGAGCAGAAGCCACCUCAGCACCUGGAGUUCGAGAUUAAGCAGCAGCACCAGCAAAACUCUGCCCAGGGGCACUUAUUUAACUUGGAAAUGAGACCAGUGGAGCAGAAUCGUCCCCAGCAUUUGGAGGUAGAGAUCAAGGAGCAACACUCCUCUCCAAAUCAUCAGGUUGAAUUGGAAAUGAGGCCUGUGGAGCAGAAUCGUCCUCAGCACUUAGAAUUCGAGAUCAAGCAGCAGCACCAGCAAAACUCUGCCCAGGGACACUUGGUUUCUCUGGGUGUGAAGCCAAUGGAGCAGAAUCGUCCCCAGCACUUGGAGGUAGAGAUUAAGGAGCAACACUCUUCGCCAAAUCACCAGAUGGAGCUGGAAAUCAAGCCCGUGGAGCAGAAUCGUCCCCAGCAUUUGGAGGUUGAGGUCAAGCAGCAGCACCAGCAAAACUCUGCCCAGGGACACUUGGUUUCUCUGGGUGUGAAGCCAAUGGAGCAGAAUCGUCCUCAGCAUUUGGAGGUUGAGAUCAAGGACCAACACUCCUCGCCAAAUCACCAGAUGGAGCUGGAAAUCAAGCCCGUGGAGCAGAAUCGUCCCCAGCACUUGGAGGUUGAGAUCAAGGAGCAACACUCCUCCCCAAAUCACCACUUUGAGGUCAAGCAGCAGCACCAGCAGGAAAACUCCGCCCAGGGACACUUGGUUUCUCUGGGAGUGAAGCCCCAACAAAUGGAGGUCUCCGCCGAUCAUCACCAGAAGCAUCCCCAGCAAAUCGAACUGGCUCAGGAGGACAAACCCAUCUCCUAUCUGCAGAACCAGCACUUCAACCUCAACCUGCGCCAAUAGAGCGUCUGAACCGAAAAUGUAUCCAUAUAACCAAAAGCAUUAAAUAUGUA